AUGGGCACCACUCUUAAACUUUCUAAAGAUAUCAAUGGGAAGAGUGUAGAUCAGUACUUGUAUCACAAUAUGAUUGGCAGCUUACUUUACUUAACUGUGAGUCGGCCAGACAUCUCAUUUAGUGUUGGUGCAUGCGCUAGAUUUCAGGCCGAUCUUAAAGAAUCACAUCUAUCCGUGGUGAAAAGGAUUAUACGGUUUGUGGCCGGGACUACUGACUACGGCUUAUGGUACCCCUUUGACACAUCUACCAUUAUUGUUGGGUAUUUAGGGGCUGGGAACAUUGAUGAUCGCAAGUCAACCAGUGAAGGUUGUUUUUAUAUCAGUAAUUGUCUUGUAUCAUGGCAUAGCAAAAAGCAAAAUUCGAUCUCACUAUCCACUGCUAAAGCCAAAUACAUUACAGAAGUAGUUGUUGAGAACAGCUUCUAUGGAUGA